UUUAAACAUGGAGAAUUUUCAUUCCUCACUCAUUUUGCUUUUCCUUCUCCUCCUUCCUUUUCUUGUUUCCUGCAGUGAGAGACAGGUAUAUAUAGUUUACUUUGGAGAGCACAGUGGAGAAAAAACCCUCCAACAAAUCGAAGAAAACCACCAUGCAUAUCUACUCUCCGUGAAGGAAACUGAGGAAGAUGCAAAAUCUUCUUUGAUUUACAGUUACAAGCGCACCAUCAAUGGCUUCGCCGCACUUCUCACUCCUCUUGAAGCUUCCACAUUAUCUAAGAUGGAGGAAGUGGUGUCGGUAUUUCGUAGCCAUCCAAGAAAAUACGAAAUCCACACAACAAGGUCGUGGGAAUUUGCAGGUGUGGAAGAGGCAAUCAAGAAAUCGGCAAAUCUGAAAAGGGAAGACAUAUGGCUAAAAUCUAGCUAUGGAAAGGAUGUCGUUGUUGGCUUGUUGGAUAAUGGCGUGUGGCCGGAGUCGAAGAGCUUCAACGAUAAAGGGAUGGCUCCGGUGCCUAAAUCGUGGAAAGGAAUUUGCCAAACCGGUGACGAAUUCAACUCUUCCAACUGUAACAAGAAAAUAAUUGGGGCCCGAUAUUACAUCAAGGGUUACGAAGCAUACUACGGCCCACUAAACAGAUCACUUGAUUACCUCUCCCCGCGAGACAAGGACGGCCACGGGACCCACACAUCAUCCACGGCCGCCGGGCGGAGAGUCGAUGACAUCUCCGCCCUGGGAGGGUUCGCCUCCGGCACCGCGUCCGGAGGCGCGCCCCUGGCCCGGCUGGCCAUCUACAAAGUGUGCUGGGCCGUCCCUGGCCGCGGCAAGGAAGAAGGCAACACUUGCUUCGAAGAGGACAUGCUCGCCGCCAUCGACGACGCCGUGGCCGACGGCGUCGACGUGCUGAGCAUCUCCAUCGGGACGAGUCACCCGCAGCCCUUCAACCAGGACGGCAUAGCCAUAGGGGCACUCCACGCUGUCAAGCGGAACGUCGUGGUCGCGUGCAGCGCUGGCAACUCCGGCCCCGUUCCCUCCACGCUGUCCAACACAGCUCCGUGGAUUAUAACCGUCGCCGCCAGCAGCGUCGACAGGAUAUUCUCAUCUCCCGCGGUUCUUGGGAAUGGCAUGAAAUUACCGGGACAAACGGUGACUCCAUAUAAGUUGCGUAAGACGUUGUACCCGUUAGUUUAUGCAGGUCAAGUAGAGAACUCGGAUGUGCUCAAAAACCUAUCCGGGCAAUGCUUACCUGGAACUCUGUCUUCAAAGAAGGCUAAGGGUAAGAUAGUGAUGUGCUUGAGAGGGAACGGGACAAGGGUGGGUAAAGGCAUGGAGGUGAAGAGAGCUGGAGGCAUUGGUUUCAUUUUAGGAAACAGUUUAGCAAAUGGAGAUGAGUUAGUAGCUGAUGCUCAUAUUCUUCCUGCCACUGCUGUCAAUUACCAAAACGGUCUGAAAAUCAUGGACUACAUCCGUUCUUCCAAAGCCCCGACUGCCUACAUCGUACCAGGAAAGACUGUUUUAGACAUCAAACCAGCACCCUUCAUGGCUGCUUUCUCCAGCAGAGGCCCCAGCGCUCUUUCGCCCGAUAUCCUCAAGCCAGACAUCACAGCCCCGGGGCUCAACAUACUAGCAGCGUGGAGCGAAGCAUCUUCUCCGACAAAACUAGAAGCAGACAAACGCGUGGUGAAGUACAACAUUCUGUCUGGAACAUCCAUGUCCUGCCCCCACAUAGGUGGCGCGUCGGCUCUCCUCAAGGCGAUACACCCCCGCUGGAGCAGUGCUGCCAUAAGAUCUGCUCUGAUAACCUCUGCGGGGCUGAACAACAAUCAAGGCAGCAUGAUCACUGAUGCAUCCGGGAAUUCAGCAGACCCUUUCCAAUUUGGUGGCGGCCAUUUCAGACCGACGAAAGCAGAAGAUCCCGGGCUUGUCUACGACGCCUCCUACACAGACUAUCUCUUGUACCUAUGCAGCAUUGGAGUAAAGAUUGAUACUACCUUCACAUGCCCGAAACAUUCAAUUGGCCCGGUAAACCUAAAUUAUCCAUCCUUGGCUGUGCCCAAUCUGCGUGAUAGUGUUACUGUGGUAAGAACAGUGACUAAUGUGGGAGGUAGCAAGAGUACUUAUUUCGUCAGCGUUAAACCUCCGCUUGGGAUUUCCGUAAAAAUAUGGCCCCCCAUACUUCACUUCAACCGUGUCGGAGAGAAAAAGAGUUUCAGCAUCACAGUAAAAGUAGCAGUUGGUGGCAUUGCAGGAACCGCGGAGAAACAAAAGUAUGGAUUUGGAUGGUAUACGUGGUCCGAUGGAAUCCACAGUGUUCGGAGUCCCAUGGCCGUUUCAGUAGCCUAGUUCUGUAUAAGUUAGCUAAAUUAGUAUAGAGCAUGGAUGCUUAACAUGGGAAUAUGAAGAAAAAUUACUACUC